GCUGCUGGUGUAGGAGUGACAUCACUCCCCUCAGAAGAACUUCUAAUAUCUCAAAAACCGAAGCAGCACUAACACCACUUUUAACGACACAAACGAAUGAAUCGGGGCUCAUUGUUCGAGCUGUUUGUAUGGGGGGGUUGGCAGCUUCAACGAGCUGCUGUAGUCUGUUAUUGCUUUUGAUCCCAGAGGAACCUGGAGCUCUCGCAUUCCGAUCAUUCCAGCCUCUGUGAACAAUCAGCCCUCAGUUAUUUAUUAGCGCACUGAGCUCUUAAACUGGCUCAGUCUACGCCAGGCAAAUCCACAGAGCGUAACUACACUUAUUAACAGUGGAAUACAUACACAUGGGCGAACACGCACGUAUCUGAACUUACUUUCAAUGAACAGAUACAGGAUUACUUUCAAUAAUCCGGAAUUUAAUGAACAGAAUCUACACGCGUCUCCCUUCUGCUAUGCAUUUAAUGGAACUGUGAAAGGACCUGAGGCUACUUCUCCGAUUCGUCCCCGGCCCUAACUCGCCUCGCCAAGCCAGCAUCCGCGAUGCGGACGGCGGAAGACUCGUCCAGCACGGUCCUGCACCGGCUGAUCCAGGAGCAGCUGCGCUACGGGAACCUCACGGACACGCGCGCUCUGCUGGCCAUCCAGCAGCAGGCCCUGCGGGGGGCGGGCCCCGGGAGCCCCCGCUCCUCCGCGGAGAGCCUGAACCAGGAGGAGUCCCAGUUUCUCCAGCUGUCGGCGCGCCAGGAGCCCCAGGGGCAGGAGCACCAGGGGGACUGCCACCACUCGGAGAGCUCCCUGCACCAGCUCUACCAGCUCCACGGAGAGGAGCUGCCCACCUACGAAGAGGCCAAGGCCCAGUCGCAGUACCUGGCGUCCCAGAGGGGCCAGGGGGAUGCCUGCGCUGUGAUGCUGGACGACGUCCUGCAGGACGAUGGUCUGAGAGACCUCAAGCGGGGGCACGUCCGGUCUCUCAGCGAGAGGCUGCUGCAGCUCUCGUUGGAGAGGAACGGCGCGAAAAACCAAAUGGCUAUGAGCUCCUCGCACAGCUAUCCGCAGCUCUCCAAGCAUCACGUCCACCACGCCCCAAGCGCCCAGCAGCACCCUGCUGAGCAGAGAGGCCCCCCACCCGAAUAUCCGUUUCUGGUCAAGCCUCCGGGAUAUAUGGUUAGCCAUUCCCAGGAGCAUGGACAUUACAACACGCCACCUCCCCCUUUCUAUUCGCAGUCUCACAGGCAUCUACAGACUCAGCCACAGGUGUUCCGCCACAGUCCUUUAUCUACACUGACCCCUGCAGGUGUGGAGGCCUUCAUGGCCGCUCACAAUGUCUCUACAAACAGCCAUGUAGCCCAGAUGGAAAUGCUGAUGAAGGAAAAUGAGAUGUUGAGGCGGAAUCUAGAAGGCUACAGUGAGAAGGCCGCCAGGAUCCAAAAGCUUGAGAUGGAAAUCCAGAGGAUAUCUGAAGCUUAUGAGACACUCAUGAAGGGUUCUGCUAAACGCGAGGCUCUGGAAAAAACCAUGAGAAACAAGUUGGAAGGAGAGAUCAAAAGGUUACAUGAUUUUAACCGGGACCUAAGAGACCGCCUGGAAACAGCUAGCAAACAGCUGGCUGCAAAGGAAGCUGCUUCUUCAGACCAAAACCAAGAUGUCUUGGCCAAACUCCUAGAGCAAAGUGAACGGCAGCAGCGGGACAAGGAACGCCUGGAGCGGGAGGUCUCGGCGCUCCGCGGCACCAGCGAGGACCAGCGGCGGCGGCUGGAGGCCCUGGACCAGGCCCUGAACAGCGCGCAGUCCAAGGCCGCCCAGCUGGAAGAGGAGCUGCGCAGGAAGAGGGCCUACGUGGAGAAGGUGGAGCGGCUGCAGCACGCCCUGUCCCAGCUGCAGGCCGCCUGUGAGAAACGGGAGAAGCUGGAGCAGAGGCUGCGCACCCGGCUGGAGCAGGAGCUGAAGAUGCUGCGGGCGCAGCAGCGGCAAACCCACGGCCCGGGUUCGGCCUCUCCCUCGGAGCUCAGCGCCUGCGCCCUGCUGGAGCGCCUGCGGGAGAAGGAGGAGCGCAUCCUGGCGCUGGAGGCCGACAUGACCAAGUGGGAGCAGAAGUACCUCGAGGAGAGCACCAUGCGCCAGUUUGCCAUGGACGCGGCUGCCACCGCGGCUGCACAGAGGGACACUACCAUCAUCAACCAUUCGCCCCGGCACUCCCCCAACAACAGUUUCAACGAGGACCUGCUGACUGCCAAUCACCGACACCAGGAAAUGGAGAACCGAAUCCGUGCCCUGCAUGCUCAGCUCCUGGAGAAGGAUGCAGUGAUCAAGGUCCUUCAGCAUCGCUCCCGCAGGGACCCCAGCAAGGGGGAGCAGCAAGGCCUCCGUCCCGCCAAAUCUGUGCCAUCCAUCACUGCAGCUGCCAGUGCCCACAGCUGGCACACGCCAAGCCGCCAACUUGUUGGCAACAAGGCGACGGACGCGGCGAGCAGAGACCCAAUAGUGAAAAGCCUCUCGGACGAUCAGACGGUAGCAGUACGGUCAACCACCCACACUAAACACUGUAGCCAAGAUGGCUGUACCCAGACGGAAAACAUUUCACAAGAGUCACCUGCUACCUCUGAGCUUGCUGCCACUGAGGAUUCCAGCACUGUUCCCGUCUCUGAUAACGUGGAACAACUGACACCCAUUAAUAUGUACAAGAAUUUGGAUAAUUUAGGUGUGGAAGUAGUUGAAAUUCUUAUCUAGAGAAGUGAUUUUCUUCUGGGGGAAGGGUGAAUAACAUCUCCAGGAAGGAACCUCCUGCAUUUUAACCAGAAAAAAGUUCUGCACUUCAUGUGGAAAGAAGUUGCGAACGGAUGCUCUGAAAUGUGUGCCGCUCCUGGAAAUGAAACAACUAUGUACUUAACUACACAAAACACUUCAGUAGAAAAAAAGACGAGCUCCAGAAAGCAGGAAAAAGGACUGGUGUAGCACAGAAGAGGAGCUGAGCUUUCCUUGUGUGUUUACCUACGCUAAAAAGGACCUCUGCUUGAUAUACUAUUUUUAAUCUGCCUGGUGCAAGAGACACUGUGAAUCUUUGAGGUACUUUGAACAGUAUUUCAUACAGUUGCAAAAAGCAGCUGACGGAUUGUAUAACUUGUAAAUAUUUUGAAAAAAUAUUUAUAAUUGCUGCUUGUAUGUGUGUGCGCUGUGUGCUAUCUUUGCAGUCUAGCUAUUAAGUAUCCCUGAAUGUGUAUUUUUAUCUUGUUUCCUGUAUGUAUGUUUGUAUGUAAUUUAUAUAUGUCACUUGUAAACUGUCAAACAAGCUAUCUGUAGUGUUCAGGAAUUUCACAUCUCAAAUAUGUUUUAAUGAAAACUUCCCCAAAAGCCCUUGUAACUGAAGUGCACUUGUUACUAUCCUCCAGAAACCCUUACUUGGGUUGUGUCUCUGAGAGUGUGACCAGGCUCCAUUUUGCAUUUGCUCCCAUUAAGCAGUAAGGCUCCUUUUUCUUCUGCCAAUACACUUCAUUCCAGACCUACAGCAACAAAGAGUUCCCAUUCUUGGCAAGAGGUCAAAUUUGAAGGUAUAGAAGAGCAAGUCCCCUUUGAUGGGUGGAAAGAUAUUUUUACUUGCUUUUAUUGAAGACCAGCAAAUAAUGCUGUUUCUUCACAUUGAACAGAAGGAACUCCUGUUUUUUUCAAAAAAGUUUUCUAGAACAAAGUUCUUGCUUUAUCCUUGAAGGAGAAAAGAAGCUCGACUUACGGUGUUACGUGUUUGGCCAUAUUGUAAUCUCGUUUCCAAGUCCUAAGAAAUGCAGUAAUAAUAAAAAACCUGGAUUUGGGUGUUUUUGUCUGGGGAAUGCUCCUUAGAUUAACAUCAGAGUGUAGUCUCUGAAAUGACUGGUUGCCUUUCACGAAACCCAAUUGUUCAAAUGCCAGGGGAAAAGUAGGUUAUCAUUUUCUGGUUUUAAGCAGCAACUGCCAUGCAUGCCUUUCCCUAUUUCAGGCAAGCUGUGGCUAAUCUUGUGAAAUUCUUCCUCAUUGGAAUGUCUCAGGGGAUAAAGGCUAUCUAUACUUUGACCCACUUUAAAGUUGUAAGCAUUCUAACGAGCAUUGAUUUUUUUUUUACUUGCUCCCCCUAAGUAAUGACCCCAUUCUGGCCAGGGACCUCUUAAGAUGAGAAUUGCUAUAUGGCUACUCUAGUGACCCUAACCUGGUUUAUAAUGUGUAAGCAGCUGGAAACAAAGUUUACUACAUAGAGAAAGUACUAGUAAAUUCACUUGUGAAAUACUUUAUUUAAAUAAGAUUCUAGUGGUUACUAAAAAGUCCAAAUGCAUUUGAUUUUAUGUCUUCCAAAUGCAUCAGUUCUUUGCUUCCACAGGUUAAGGACAUAGUCGAAUAAGUGCAGAUGGUCUUUGUACGACCUGAGCAUUCUAAGUGGAAACGCAGUUUGGUCUUAUCUCUAAGGGCCCUUUUGAACUGGAUGGGAGAGAUUGUGUGUUUUAAAAUUUGGAAAUCCCUUAUUUUCUUAUUUCCAACGCAAUGCAUUUGCUGGUCAGUGCUUUGUGUUGAAAUUUCACAUCUGCUUACUGUUUAUUUUUGUUUUGGGCUUUGUUUACAAGAAAAGAAAUACUAUUGUGAACUAAGAGAUCUUAAUAUAUUUUGUAUAAAUGUAUUUGUAUUCUUUAAGUAUUUAGUGCCAUGAGCAUAAUGCCAAAGACAAUUUGCAUAAUUAAGUUAUAAUAGAGAGAAAAAAGCAGCUUGGUUAUCUGAUGCAGACCAAUUCUAGAUGGUCUGCCCAUACGUAGAUGUUGCUGUGAACUUCUAUUAUGUGGGAGUUUUGUAUUGAAAUGUCAGACCCAUUUCAUUAAUAAAAUAAACAUUAAUAUAUGCAUAA